CAUUAAAUUAAAGAUUAAAAUUUUUUAUAUAUUUUUAUUUAAAAUAAAAAUCAAACAUGAAGUUUGUGACAUAUUUUAUUGCUUGUCUGAUUAUACUAGGAGGUUAUAACUAUUUCUCAGUAUCCUCGAUAGCGUGCAGUUCGGCAUCUCCUCCUGUUGAAGACAUAUGUCUAUUGCCAAAGGAUGUUGGACCAUGUAAAGCUGCUUUUAAAAGGUGGUAUUACAACUCUAUGAAGAGAAAGUGUUUAGAAUUUAUCUACGGGGGUUGCAAAGGGAACUCAAAUAAUUUCACUUCCUUGAAAAUUUGUAAAAAGACUUGCAAUAGAAAUUAAGAUUUAUUUAACUAUAAAUUUCAUUCCAAUAUUUUAAAUUAGAGAAUUUGCUAAUAUAUAUUAUUAACUAGUAAUUCUAUAUUUCUCCAAAAUUAAACACAUUUAUAAAUUAGAUAUACAUAUUAUGAUAUUUACAUUAUAUAAAUCAGUCAUAAAAAUAUUUGUAAUAAUUAUUUUUACGAUAUUCCUCAUGUAUCAGUUCUAUACUAAUUAUAUAUUGCGUUUGUCACCUUUACUUGUUAAUAAAUUAACAAUAUAAAAAUA